CAACAACAACAACAACAACAACAACAACAACAACAACAACAACAGUCACUCGCUCCUAGACUUUCGCUCAAUAACCCGAAACAAAACAAACAACCUUCGAAUACCUAGAUACAAUACAGACAAGAUGAAGUACUCUGCUCUCCUCCUCGCCGCCACAGCUGCUUUUGCCAGCGCGCAAAUCACCUAUGACGAUGCUACAAGAAAGUUCAUCUGCCCAGCAGACAAGCCCAACGGAGCCUUCUGCGCCGGCGAUUCUCUCGACACAAACAUCAUCAUCCGCUGCUCGAACGGUGUCGGCCAGCCAGGUAACUGCCACGACAACCUCGCUGGAUACUUCCCAUUCGGUGUCCAAUCAUCUCAAUGCUGGCAAUCAUCCCCAACAAGUGGUAUCGCCGCUUGCGCAAAGAACUGUAUAGUUCAGGGUAGUUCGGGAACCUAUAACGGCACAUUCACUCUGCCAAAUUGCACACCUAUUCCUCAGUCUUCGAACUCUGCUAGCUCUACGGCCUCGUCAGGUUAUCCUACGUACUCGCCUGAGCCGACCACGACCAAGACCGACAUCAACCCUUACCCCACCAACGGCAUUACCACAAUCACUUCAACCGGCACCGUCACCACCACCUGCGUCACAGACGGCAAAACCACAACCAGCACAAGCACCUUCACAACCACCUACUGCCCGCCUACCAGCUCCCCUCAUACCCUCUCAACCGGCCACCCCAUCCCAAGUGGAAAUGGCACAGUCCCAACUUCUACCAGGGGAUCAGUAAUAGCUACUCCAGUUGGUCCAUCUGCAUCUUCCACCACCGGCCCAGUCCUCGCCAAUGGCGCAGCACUCAAUACUGGUUCAAGCCUUGCUGCUUUGGGCUUGAUUGUCGCUUACUUCCUGUAAAUGGCCGUUUGAUGAACUGCAUAUCUCGUCUUUCAUUCCUUCAAGGAGGUAGCGAUGGCGUUCUGGUCUUGGCGUUCUAAUUCUACUUCGCUUCCUAUACACCUGGCACUUUCACCUACAGCUUUUAAUUCAUGCAACUCGCAACACAUUGGUAUAAUUUCGACCAACACGACGAAAUGAUUGCUCGAGACCGACGAUUCACUCAUUCACUCACGAUACGCAUACGUGCACGUACGAUUUGCACGCGAAGUUAUACAUACUACUCUGCACUGGAAACUUUAUCUCCUGAGAUCGGGAUUUGGAUGGAGCGGAAAUAGAAUAGGGAAAAAAAACUUUGUAAUGGACUUUCUGCGCUGACUUCCCAACCCUGAAGGUGGAUAUCAGGGUUUGUGACGGCGCUUUAUUAGAUUUUAAUGGAAGACAGUUGAUUGGGUUUGGGGCAGGAUACCCUUGGUGGGUUUGGUUUGGUUUGGUUUGGUUUAGUGGGUUACCGGUGAGGAACGAAGAAAGAGGGAGAAGGAGAAGAAGCAGAAGAAGGAGAAGAAGACAAUGGUGGUAAUUAGAUGAGAUUAGUAAUACUUAAUUCAUAUUCAAAUUCAAAAA